UCGCUCAUCUGCCGGGAGAGGAGACUCGCCGUUGGCGCUUCGGCCUCCAGUUCAUUGAGAAAAAAGGGGAAAAAAAAAAAAAAGGAAAUCCUCCGCGUGCGCUUUUAGAAGGGGGGUCGCCUCCAGCCCCGAACUCCAGUGUUCUUCGGCUAGGACUUGGCUCCGGAUUUUUUUUCCUCUCCUUUUCUCGUCCAGCCAAUCGCUCAGAAGUUAGACUGAAGCAGAGUUUGGAAGGAAGGAGAGGCAAAAAGUUUGCAUCAGGGCUGGAUUUAUUUGCACAUCGCGGAAAGAAGAGAAUCCAACGGAGAGGGGUUUGUGCAAAGCCGCGAUCACGGAAUUCAGAUGUGUUCUAAGCCUGCUGGAGUGACUACACUUCCCAGACCUGAUGGAGGCCAGAGCUCAGAGUGGCAGCGGGUCGCAGCCGUUGCUGCAGGCACCCCGUGACAGUGGCCGGCAGCGUGGGGAGCCCGACCCCAGGGACUCCCUCCCCCAGCAGGUACACGUGCUGUCUCUGGAUCAGAUCAGGGCCAUCCGGAACACGAAUGAGUACACGGAGGGGCCCACUGUGCUCCCCAGAGCUGGGCUCAAGCCUGCUCCUCGCCCCACGACCCAGCACAAACACGAAAGACUCCACGGGCUGCCGGAGCCCCGCCAGCCCGCCCGGCCCCAGCACCCACCGGCCCACCCUUCAGCCAGGGCCCCUCUGGCCCGGUCCAUCAGCACAGUCAGCUCGGGCUCUCGCAGCAGCACGAGGACAAGUACUAGCAGCAGUUCCUCCGAACAGAGGCUCCUAGGAUCCUCCUUCUCCUCGGGGCCUCUGGCAGACAGGAUCAUCCGAGUGCAGCCCAAAUCGGAGCUCAAGCCAGGUGAGCUGAAGCCACUGAGCAAGGAAGAUGUAGGGCUGCACGCCUACAAGUGUGAGGACUGUGGCAAGUGCAAGUGCAAGGAGUGCACCUACCCGAGGCCUCUGCCGUCAGACUGGAUCUGCGACAAGCAGUGCCUUUGCUCGGCCCAGAAUGUGAUCGACUACGGGACCUGCGUGUGCUGUGUGAAGGGUCUCUUCUAUCACUGUUCCAACGACGAUGAGGACAACUGUGCGGACAACCCGUGCUCUUGUAGCCAGUCACACUGUUGUACACGUUGGUCAGCCAUGGGCGUCAUGUCCCUCUUUCUGCCUUGCUUGUGGUGUUACCUGCCAGCCAAGGGUUGCCUUAAAUUGUGCCAGGGGUGUUAUGACCGGGUGAACAGGCCCGGAUGCCGUUGUAAAAAUUCAAACACAGUUUGCUGCAAAGUUCCCACUGUCCCACCCAGGAACUUUGAAAAACCAACAUAGCAUCAUGAAUCAGGAAGAUUGCAGUCAUAAGGAUUAUUUCCCUCUGCCCCUCCUUUUUUUUUUUUAUACACAUAUGCAACCAACUAAACAGCUAGAAUCUUGGCACUGUUGAUAGAGGGUUGGGAUAUCCUGUGCUGUUUGCAGUGAAAUGCUUUUUCAUCCAUGUGCCAUUUUAAUUGAUAUGCUUGUUAGAACUCAGCUAGUGGAGCUCAGAGUGUGGAAUACAGACCUUGGUGACCUACAUGUUGCAUAAGCUAAAGCAAUAGACACUCUAGGUGAAGUUUUUGUUUGUGAAUAGUACUUGCAAAAUUUGUAAAUUAGCAGAUGACUUCCCCUCUCCCUUCCCCCACCCCCAUUGUUUUCUCCAGAGAUAAUGUGCUAUAUUUUUGUAUAUACAAUAAUAUUUGCAACUGUGAAAAACAAGUUGUGCCGUACUAUACGGCACAUUCACAAAAUAUUAUACUAAUAUCUUGUACAUUCGGAAGAAUGUGAAUCAAUCAGUAUGUUUUUAGAUUGUAUUUUGCCUUACAGAAAGCCUUUAUUGUAAGACUCUGAUUUCCCUUUGGACUUCAUGUAUAUUGUACAGUUACAGUAAAAUUCAACCUUUAUUUUCUAAUUUUUUUCAACAUAUUGUUUAGUGUAAAGAAUAUUUAUUUGAAGUUUUAUUAUUUUAUAAAGAAGAAUAUUUAUUUUAAGAGGCAUCUUACAGAUUUUGCCCCUUUUAUGAGGAUGUGAUAGUUGCUGCCAAUGAGGGGUUACAGAUGCAUAUGUUCAAUAUAAAAUAGAAAAUAUAUUAA